CUUUUAUUCCUCUCUCACUGUUUCUCUCUUUUUUCGCGUGUGCUCUUUGCCUGCCUAAAUCAAGGUGCAAAGAUGCCAAACAGUGAUGAAAUGAAAAGAAAGCCAAUUGCUGGACUGAGGUGGGGGAGAUAGCUGCUAGGAGUCCGCCUGCGACUAUGGAGCAGUCAGUAAUUGCUGGAGACAGGGAGAGCUGGGGGUUGGGCUGAGGUAGCCAUGUAUAAAUAGUGUGAUCUCAAAUUGAAAGGCAUAAAUAACAGCAGGAGUGAUCUAACCCUAUACAGCCCAUCUUCUACGUGCAAAAAAAAACCGUGCAGAGGGCGGCCAGAUCUCCUACUGAAAACAAGUGGAUCUCUGUGGAUACGAUCACCGGGCAGCCAUGGAAGAACUUACAGCUUUUGUAUCCAAAUCUUUUGACCAGAAGAGCAAAGAGAGCAGCAGCAGCAGUGGCAGCAGCAACAAGAAGGAGACUAUCACGUACAGGGAAGUUUUGGAGAGUGGGUUGGCUCGAUCUAGGGAGCUGGGAAACUCUGACACGAACCUGCAGGACAUUACUGAGAGCAGCAACCAUUGCCCGGUGCAUCUUUUCAAGGAGCAUGUGGAGAGUGACAAGGACAAGCUGAAAGAGUUCAGCACGGGCAGGACCGCGGAAGGAAUCUACGAGUGCAAAGAAAAGAGGGAAGACGUGAAGUCAGAAGAUGAAGAUGGACAGACCAAGCUCAAACAAAGGAGAAGCAGAACCAAUUUCACACUAGAGCAGCUGAAUGAACUGGAAAGACUUUUUGAUGAGACUCACUAUCCAGAUGCCUUCAUGAGGGAAGAGCUAAGCCAGAGGCUGGGACUCUCUGAAGCUAGGGUUCAGGUCUGGUUCCAGAACAGGAGGGCGAAGUGCCGGAAGCAGGAGAACCAGAUGCACAAAGGUGUGAUCCUGGGCACGGCGAGCCACUUAGACGCCUGCAGAGUGGCCCCCUACGUGAACAUGGGCGCCCUGAGGAUGCCUUUCCAACAGGUGCAGGCUCAGCUGCAGCUGGAAGGCGUGGCCCACGCGCACCCCCACCUGCACCCGCACCUGGCGGCCCACGCGCCCUACCUGAUGUUCCCGCCCCCGCCCUUCGGACUGCCCAUCGCCUCCCUGGCGGAAUCCGCCUCCGCGGCUGCUGUGGUGGCUGCUGCUGCCAAGAGCAACAGCAAAAACUCCAGCAUCGCUGACCUGCGACUCAAGGCCAGGAAACAUGCCGAGGCUUUGGGGCUCUGACAUCGUUCAGCGCCCCCCACACCCUUCCUCCUUCUUCUUCUUCUUUUUUUUUUUUUUUUUUUGCUCUGUGUGUGUGAGACCCAGGAUGGACUUGUAACUCUCUCUCCUCUCUCCGUUUCCUCUUUCUCUCAGCACCACCUAAGCUUGACUCUCCAGGCCCCGGGACAAACAACGAUCGCUACUUUUUUUUCUUCUUUUUCUUCUUUAAAAGGCUCUGCAAGUCCUUUGAGAGACGAUCUCUACAGCCCCUUCUUGAUGAUUACUUUUUUUUCUCCCUCCCCACCCAAAGACUUCACAUCCAAUUGAUCUGAAGACUGGGCUGCCCAUCUUUUUUUUUUUUUUUUUUAAAUGACUUUUAUUUUGCAGUGCUCUGACACAGCUAAAACUAUUCUACCAGAUGAAAUGCUAGGGUGAAAUCAUCCAGAAAUCCUAGUUAAAAGUCAUCAGAUUAAACACACAAGCCCGCACACACACAGAGAGGGAAAUCAAAGACUUCCCCCUCCACAGGAUAAAGUAAGUGGGGGAAAAAAAAAUCUCUAAAUUAUACUAAUCUGUGAACAUUGGGACAUUUGGAUUUUGAACCUGGCAAAAGCGAUCCCUUCAGUGUAACAUCAUCUGCUGCUGUCAGCUUUGCUACUUUGUGUAUGCGUCUAUCUAAACACAUUGUUUGAAGAUCAUAAAAUAUAUUAAAACCAAACUAAACAAAACAACAAAAAUAAUACUAAUAAAAAAAAAUCCUUGGGGCUGGUCUCCAUUAAAGAUGACAUUUCUUUGUUGCCAACAGUAUUAUUUCACUGCCAUGAAUAUCUUCCAUCACUGAGGAGCUGCUGCUGCAGAACUGGUUUGAAUUUAAAUGUGGAAUUUCAGAUCUGAGGCAAGGCAGUUUUUUUUUUUCUAAAAAAGAAAAAAGCAGCAAUAACAAAAAAUGUGUGUCUCAAAUGGCUAUGUCCUUUGAAAGAAAAAAAAGAGAGAAAGAGAGAGAGAGAGACAGAGGGAGACCAGAAUUUACCAACCAUUAAUGGUGACUUGAAAGAUGGGAACAAUACGAAUGUACCUGUUUUACCCAGAAUCACCUGAACUGAGAUGUAUUGUGCCAUAGGAACAGGUCAACUUUUAAAUUUUCUUUUCCAAAUGUCUGGAUCUUUGAAUUGAAAUCUUGCUGUUUUACAGGAUGUAGAAGGAAUGACUUACACAACAAAGAUGGACAUACGAUUUUAAGGCAUAAUACUGAUGCAGCAUUAAUUUUAGUGAAAUGCAAUUAAGUGCAGUAAAGUGCAAUACUGUAAAUAUUAUAGAUUAAAAAUAGCCGUACUUAUUCUGUUAAUAACCAAUUCUGCAAGAACCACAACUUAAAUCCUUUAUGCUUAGACUGGUGCAUUGCAGUUUAUUGCCAAAAUGACAGUCCGAGUCUUGUAGGAAUGGGUAAAAUAAUAUGUAUCACAUAUGGAAAAAGAUAGAUGCCAUGAUUUCUAGUCAAGUUAACGUGCCAUAUUUCUGGGAAGUAAGCUGAAAAGCCUGUAUGACAUUUUUUGCAAUCAUUUUAAGUAAAAAAGAAAAAGAAAAACAAAAAAACUGAACCCACAAGAACAAAGUAAAUGUUUUGUAGAGGUGGACAAGUUCAGUACUAGACAUUUUUUGGUUUUGCCAGUUAUAUAAACUUGUCUAAGCAGCGUAGCUAGUAUAAACUGGGGGAAAGUCCUUGAAAUUAUAUUACCAAAGUGUCUGGGUUUGUUAAAGAAAAACAAACCAAAACAAAACCCAGAGCUCUAAGUUUUAUGUAAUUCUCUUCUAAUCAAUUUAUUAUGAUGUAGAUUUGUUUUCUAUGGGAUGACAUACUGGUCUUGUCUACUUCUAACAAGAUAGCUAUUUGAUUGCCUUUGUUAUCAAGGCCUGCAUUGAUGGAAGCGUAUCCUCUCAAUAGUACUGUCAUUAAGCCUAUUUUUUUUUUCUUUCUCAUCUUGCAAUCCAUUACUAGUUUUGGCUUUUGCUGGUAUUUAUCAAAUCAAAAUAUUACCUUUGGGCAAUUUUUUUGCAUUGUCUUUUCCGUUUUAAACACUUGCAGGUUUAUUUUCAAAUUUUGAUAUUUUCUGACAAACAAAUUUCUGAAAUGUCGAAGUACUGCCAUUUCCCACCUAUUUAUUAUGUGAAAAGUGGUUAUAUUUUGAGCAUGUUAGAAUUGAUAAAUUUUACCUGCCUUUCCUACCUCCUUGUGAAAGUCCAGUACCUCUUUAAGCCAUGGCUAUAAGGAUAACAUGACAUUAAUCAUUUUAUGCAGGGGGAAAACCCAGGCAAUUAACAGUUUUGACUCAUACAAUUUUAUCUAGAGUAAAAUUGAGGCUUAUAAACAUUAUUUAUAAUAGCAUCUAUAUAACAUUUUACAACUAAAAUAAGAAAUAUUUUUCCCUAAAAAAAUCCAGCACUUUUAAUAUACAGGUAGGACUAAAUCUUUUAAUUUCACUAUAAGGAAGCAACAGUCUAUAAUAAGUGAAGAGUUAUACCAGGUACCACAAUCCUCUGGGGUGAUGUGAUGCAUACUAUUGGAAGCAAAAGGCGCAGCUGCGCAGCCUUUAUUCACUUAGGUUAAAAAUCACUGCUCUGCAGAAAGCCAGUGCAAAAUUAUGCAUUAGUUACAUCCCAUAUGAACUCUAUUAUGAGGUUUUAACUGGGAUUUAUGUGAUCCAUAAGCCUUCUGCUGGACUUCUACAGAAAAGUGAAUUUUGCUUUUCAGUUGCAUAAACUUUUAUGAAACCUAAGUUCAGGAGAUGCUGCGGAACUGAGCUUUAAUAUCUUCCAAUAAUCCAGGAGUGAGGCAAUCUGGCAUAAAUCUGGCAUAACUGCACUUCUUCAAGUGCAGCAUAAUUUAUAAAACAUUUCUCUUACAUUUUGGUAACUGUUGCCCAAUAAGAAGUCCACCAUAGCUGUUAUAGUGUAGGAAUCCUUGAUCAGCUUUCUCCUUUUCUAAUUUACUACAGCAAAAGUGAUUUUGCUAAUUUAUUAUAUAAAAAAUAUAUGAAGGCAAACUCCAGCCACCCUAACAUGAAAUAGUGUCUGUAAGUACUCAGCUUUCUAAAAUUAAAAUUUCUAUCAGUUUGUUUCAGCUACUAAGACUGGAAAAGGAAAAAGGGUGGCAUCAGUUAUUAGUCUGGCUGGCCUUGAAAUAGGAACCAGAAAACAAUUUGGGGAAAAGGAAGUGUGUCUCAGUGCAUCUACAGAGACACUGUGGGGCUGCUUCUGCAUUACAUCUAUCCUGGCACUCAUGCCAGAUGUAAUCCUGUCAAGGAAAUGAAGAACUGCGGUCAUCACGGGUGGCUGCCAAACUUGGUUCUGAUUUUUUUUCUAAUUCAAGAGUAGAACAGUUGCAGUGACACCCUUAUCCACAAGACUUGCUGGGUGCAGUUUGGAAUAGGACAUACAUAAUGGCCCUCCUUUUCUUCUGGGCCUCGCUGGGGAGAAACAAAUGAGAUUUUAAUUGUCAUUGACAAGGGCUGCUUCCUCACUGGUUGUAAAUCAGUGUAACUGCACUUAUUUACACAAAUUGAGGUGCUGGAUCUUAGUCCCUUUUCUGUCUUAGAAGCUGGGUCCUGUUUUUCCAUUCCUUUCAGUAUCUUCUUCAACAGGUAAGAGGUUGACAAUAAGACCGUUAAGAAUCAAAGCUAUUUACUAUAUUUAAACGAUUGUCUUUAUUGGAAUAGUUUAGCAGACAGUGUGAUACUUAUUAUGUAUCAUCAUCCACAUUAAUCUUUGCAUAAUCUCCCAUUUGGAGAGAGAAGAGAAUUUCAGAGACCCUUAGAACAAUAUGCACUGGGUGGACUUCUUUCAUAGUAUUCUUUUCUUAUUGAGAACUGGCUUCCUGAAGAGUCUUCCUCAAAAGUUUGCAUGCUUUUUGAAACUAUGAGAAAUAACUUGAGCUAAUGCAAAAUGAAUAUUUCCCCCCCUUAGAAACAAGUAUCUACAGCUGUAAAAAGGGUCAAAAGAGGAACUUCUGAUAUGGAUUUUUGGAACUGUCAAAAUAUGUUUAAGUGCUUGUAUUGAUUUAUAACAGAAUAACAAUCUGAUUCUACAAUCCAUUUUUUAUUGAUUUGGGAGAAAGUCUGAAAAAACAAUGGCAUUGGUACUUUUUUGUUUAGUAGAGUUUUAGAAGUAGUGAUAUAUUUGUUUAAUAUAAUAAUAAUCAUGAACAUAAACCUAUGUUCUUUUUGCAAAGCACCGCGUAAACUUUCAUUAAUUAAUAUUUACUCCUCACAAAGUAGGCAUGAAUAAUUACCCCCAUUUUGUAUAAAUUUAAGCAUAGAAAUGAAAGGCCAGAUUCCACCAGCUAUAAUCAUCUAAAACAUUUUUGUUGUUGUUUGUAUUGUGGCAGUGCCCACAAGCCAUAACUUAGGGUGGCAUUUUAUUGUGCUAAGCACUAUACAAACAUGCAACAAUAAAGGCCCCUGAUCCAAAAGUCUAGUAUCUUAAUUCAUGAGUAGUCCCAGAGGGAAUCAGCAUGAUCAGGUGUGGCAGGCCAUAGCUCUAAGUUAUUUUCCUAAGACUGUACAGUUACUGCCCAUCCCUUUAAGCAAGGAGUUUUGUUAUUGACUUCAGGAAGUCCAGGAUUUCAGUCCAGGUCUCCAGCUUGUGUCACUGCUAGGAUGAGAAGUGAGGAAUUUUUAGCACCUAACUCCAUGCACAGUUCACUAGAAAAACCCUGAUUUCCUACCACUCAACUACUAUCACUUUCUCACAGACUAAAUACACUGAUGCCAUACCUUUGCAUGCUAGCCCUGCUCUUAUAUUCAUACAUUUUUCCUAUGAAAUAAUAAUAAAAUGCUCUAGCAACAUGAUUUUGAAUUGACACGGUGUUGACACAUUGGGGCCAUUGAUUCAAAUGUUAGAGAGACAUUCCUAUGGAAGUCCAUAGGCCAAAAGAGACAAUAUUUAGGGUACGCAGGGUGUUUUGGUAAAUAUAUAUAUAUAACGCUCCUUACCCUUUCAAUUAAGCUAAGCAAAAUAAUUGUUUUAUUUCUAUAUAAGAAAUAGCAUAGUUAUAGCAUAUUCAGACAAUAUUACUAUGGAGAUGGCAAGCUUUAUUUUUUCUCUCUUCAAUCUAAGGGCAUUUUACAAAACCGAAAAAAAUAAGAUAAUUGCAUUUCUUAAUAAACAUAGUUAUUUUAUAAUGAUAUCUUGUAAUCAAUAAUGAUAUUCAACCCUGUAAAGUGCACACCACCGAAAUGGCUAAAGCUUUGCCUUGAUGAUUGUUAAAGCAGGUUGUGAAGGUGCCCCUUCCAUAUCUUUAAGCUGCUUAGCAAGUAGUUGAUAUUGAAUUUUUCCCACAUUGUGCACAGACUUCCAGCUGCAGUCAAGAUCCCCAAUGACAGUGGUAAUGUGGUGAAUUGGUCUGGCUUCUGAUUUGGUAACUUUAAUGUGUGUAGUGGCUACAGUAGUAUCUGGUGGAAUCAGAAAGGGCUUGAUAUUCUUUGGAAAAAAUAAAAAGAAAUCCUGUACCUUCAUUCCAUACAUACAUCUCAUUUGUACCGCUGGUCAGUGCUAAAGAGAGCUAUAUGAGUGUACAAAGAGAAGAAUAGAACAUUCUCUCUUGUGACUUACCCCAUCAAUAAAAUUGUAUCUCCUUCUGAAUUACUCCUCCUUUCAAAGCUGUGACCCAGGUCACAUGGACACAUCCUAGUGGUCAAAUGUUAUCCUAGUUAGUUUUCACCAUAUGGCCUUUUCCUAGCAAGGUCAACAAGAGCCAUGGGAUUUUGUCUGAGGCAUUCUUCAAAUGGAGUACAAUAUGUAAUGCCCCUCAAAUUGUGCAUGUCUGUUUGAUAAGUUUUACGUUAUCAGUUGGUGCCUAAUUUAUUAGAAGUCAGCCUAGAAAUCUGCUGAUUUACAAGAAAUAUUGAAACUUGAUGCAGUUCCUACACAUUAUAUUGAAAUGUGAUAUUUAACAAAAAACAGUUGAAGAAUGUAGAAAAUAUCAAAUUUUGAAGCUGAAGAUAUUUAUUGAAAGGCAAUACUUUCAUUAAUCUAGGCCUAUGGUAUGUAACUAUAUCAAUGACAGGCAAAUAUCUCUGUUUCUUUGUAUUGAUGUAUGUGGAUGUUUUAUUUAUUGUUUUGUUUGAAAAAUUUUAAAUGUAUUAUAUUUUAAUUAUGUUGAGUGUAAAUUUGACAAUGCUUUGCAUUUAUUUUUAUAUUUUUUAAACCUGUUGCUUUUGCAAAAUUAUGAGCAGCCAGUAUAAUUUACAGUAUCAUUGCAUUGUUUUGGUUAUGUAUACAUAGUGUGUCUGAGUUUCCAGACAUUUCAGGGAUUGCUAAAAUGAAAAACUCUCCAAAACUAACUGGUCUUAAAGUUUUUAUCCCUUUGUUAUUGUGGAAAAAAAAAUAAAAGCAACAACCUUUUUUAGGUUUUGGUUAUGCCAGCAUGCUCCUACAUAAAUUCACCAGACAUGUUGAGUUCCAGUUCCAGAGUGUAUUAUGUUGAAUCACAUGAUAUGAAUGUACAUCUUGUAAAAGUGAGAUAUGAAUAAACUUAUAAGUAUUUGUAA